UUGUUGUUCCCGUUUCUCGUGGCUUUUUGCGAUUGAAAAAUAGUGCGGCCGCGUUCCGAAGUGGUGCGAAAAGAUUGUGUCCGUUCCGCGGAAUCGAAAAGUGCCGGAGUUUUGUGCUGUAAGGUGUUUGCGGUCGAGAUAAAUCCGAUUAAAAGUUGGCGAUGGCUGCUGGCUGGCGGAUUCUUGGUGUGGGACAAGUUUUGGACAUUAGGCAGGAUUGUUUAAAGUAAGAACACAAACAGUGGCCUAAUAGCAACAUUGCAUACUACAACACUGAAAUACACUGAACCGUUGAAGUCAUUUGUGCCAGCCGAAACAGCAUCUCAGCAAUAACAGCGGAGCACCAGCAGUCAACCACCGGAGUCGUUGAUUUCGGAGUAUCGAAUCGGUAAAAGUGCGCAAAGAACAAGACAGUCUGUGGAGUAGUUCCAUCCUUCGAAGAAGCCGGAAGGUACCGUGUAUUCACCAAAGAACCACCGUUCCAGGAGUUAGAAGCAGUACCAUUUCGUCGUUAGGUGUGUCUCACAGCCAAAAGCCGUUCGAAGGAAAACCAGAGCUGGCCCCUGGGACCCUCGGGAAACGUGUAGCAAUCAGUAUUCCUUGUGCAGUCAAGUAACUCGUCUAGUCAUCGAAGAACGACAUCGGUCCUUAGUCAUCAUACCUUGAGUUUUACAAUAGUUCAGGAAAGUCCAUGGCGUCAGUUGGAGUGUUUUCAUUUCCAAGUGCUAUCCCUGGGGGAAGUGUGGGCGCAGCUGGCGGCGGAAGUACCGCUAACAGCACCGUUCCUCCGGCAUCCAUCAUAAAGCCCAUUACGGCCCCUGUUCCUACCGCAUCUCCUCCUUCCCAAGUGACUGCCGUUCCGGCGCUUGAUGUUCCUGUUCCACCGCCAUCAUCAACCGGAAUUGUUACAUCCUCGGUGGUGCCGCCGCCUGCUGCCGGUGCCGUUCCCAUCGUGGCCAACGGUGUUGCUCCUCCGUUGAUCUCCAUGUCGCCGACACCGGAAUCCAUCUCAAUGGCGAAGCAAUCCACCGGAGCAAUGUUCGCCGAUGCAUUCAAGCUGAGCGACCUAGCUCCCUUCGAUGGGCUAGACUCGGAGACCAGCGGUGGACGCGGUCCGGGCAGUGUUGGCGCACCGGAAUCCAUCAGCGGAUACCAACUGGAAACCGGUUCGCUAUCGGACUGUAUGGAGCAGGACUGCACGCUUUGCCAGAACAAGUACAUUUCGCCACGUGUCCUCUCUUGCUUGCACGUGUUCUGCGAGGCCUGCCUGGAGAAGCUCAUGGCCGACGACGAGGCUAAGAAACUGGAGGGAUUGCUGGAGUGCCCAACGUGCAAGCAAACGACCAAGGUUGGCGGUAAGGGCAUCGCAGCGCUGCAUCAGGACUACAUUCUGACCAACGUACUGGAUCUGUCCACCAUUGAACCGUCAAUGCUGGCGUGCACGUCGUGCAAGAGCAAGGAAAUGGCCAUCUCGCGGUGCAACGAUUGUGCCAAUUUCCUGUGCGCCAGCUGUGACAAUGCCCAUCGCUACAUGCGUUGCUUCGAAGAUCACAAGGUGGUACAGCUGGAAGAUCUGCGCAAGUCGUCGGAGAAGGUGGCCAUCCAUAAGCCGCUGUACUGCAGUGUACAUCCUCCGGAGAAUUUGAAGUACUUUUGCUUCAACUGUCAGAUUCCGGUGUGCAAUGAGUGUCUCAUCGGAGAACACAAGGGCAAGGAGCACAACUAUCAGAUUAUCAGCGAAGCCGAGAAGCCGAUGCGCUCGGAGCUAGAGAAUCUGAUGAAGGAGGCCAGGACUAAGAUCGAGUAUUGCAACCAGGCUACGAGUGAUUUGGAUGCCUCGCUGCACGACCUGCAGAACCAGUUCGAAACGGCACGGGACUUGAUCAACGAAUCGUUCCAGAGCUUCAAGGCUGUGCUGGAAAAAUGUCGGGACAAUGCUCUCAAGAAUCUCGAAAAACUCCACUCGGAACGGGAACUAAAGAUCAUGGAACUGUUUCACAACGUGGAGAAGUCCACCGAGAAGAUUGAAAAUACUGCCAAGUUUACGAAGAAGGUACUGGAUCAAGCCAACGGACCCGAACUACUGAGCUUGAAAAAGAUGAUUGCAGCACAGUUCGGCAAUCUGAUGGGAUCUACACCGAAGGUUGACGUUAGCUUCUCGCUGGAGUUCCAAACCAGCUUCGAAAAGUUCGACCAAAUCGCUCCGGAACUGUUUGGAACGUUCCGUACGGAAACGAGUCCUCCGAGCCCGAAGGAAACCACUCCACCGCCGUCAUUGCCGGGAAUGGCCAUCAUGAUCAACAAGCCUCCGACUACUACAAACGGCAGCUGCGGAUUGUCUCAAGGACCGUUAACUGGAUCUGUCACUGCCAGCAGCCCGAUUUCGUUGCCCACUUCAAUGCAGUCGUCGUUCGAUGGUGAUAUGUCCAACCUGGGAGCCAGCUACAUGUUACCGCACGUACUCACCCCGGAGCCUCCGACAUCCACUCCGAUCGCCAACAAUCAUCUGCCGGCUGCUCCUGCAACCGUUGGAGGACCAGCAACUUUGCCCGGAUUGAGCAGCAUCGCCGAAUAUAACCUACACCGCUUGGCAAACCUGACGGAAGCGACCCCGGACAUCACUGACGCUAUUGUUCCUGUAAACCCUCCGAAUCCGAGUCCCAACUUUACGCUGGCCGACCUCAUCUCCGGCGAUCCGAAUGCCUUCCAAGCGCUGUCCAAAUACAGCCUGAACAACCCGGACAUACCAGCUGGACCGAUGAUGCCGCCUCAUCCGAAUAUGGACAACUUGUCUCUCCUGAGCGAUUUCUCCGGUCUUCCCGGAGCGACAUCGACAAUGCUUCCAACUACACCCAUGUCGAUGGAUUCGUCGCUCAGCGGAGAGAUGACCGCCAUGAGCCGGUUCCAGGUCAACGGACGCACCAAAGCCACACCGAUGCAAAUUCGAUGCAAGUUCGGCUCACUCGGACAAACCAAAGGUCAGUUCAACUCUCCGCACGGAUUCUGUCUCGGUGUGGAGGAAGAGAUUGUUGUGGCCGACACCAACAACCAUCGGAUCGAGAUUUUCGAGAAGAACGGCACGUUCAAGUUCUCCUUCGGGGUGCCCGGCAAGGAGGAAGGUCAACUGUUCUACCCGCGCAAGGUGGCUGUGAUGCGUUCUAGUGCCAAGUUUGUGGUGUGCGAUCGGGGCAACGAGCGGUCCCGAAUGCAAAUCUUCUCCAAAAAUGGACAUUUCAUCAAGAAGAUUGCAAUCCGCUACAUCGACAUCGUUGCCGGUUUGGCUGUGACAAACAAGGGAUUGAUCGUGGCAGUUGAUAGCGUUUCCCCAACGGUCUUCAUUAUCUCUGAAGAUGGAAACCUCAUCCACUGGUUCGAUUGCAGCGAUUUUAUGCGUGAACCCUCAGACAUUGCUAUAAACGGUUCCGACUUUUAUGUGUGCGAUUUCAAGGGACACUGCGUGGCGGUGUUCUCCGAGGAGGGAACAUUUAAGUACCGUAUCGGCAGCGAAAAGGUUACCUGCUUCCCCAACGGUAUCGACAUCUCCGAUGCGGGUGACGUUCUGAUUGGCGACUCGCACGGCAACCGGUUCCACGUGGCUUGCUACUCGAAGGACGGCCAGCUACAGUCGGAGUACGAGUGUCCGUACGUUAAG